AUGAAGAGGACUCUGGAACGAGCACCUAGUGGCUUCACUGACAGGCAAGGCAGCCACGUUGAUAGCCAAAGUGAAAGCGAAAGUGGGCUGAGGACUGAAGAGAAAGCAACAGGCCGGCAGGGGUGGUUUGGAGAGACCCCUCUUCCGCAGCUCAGAGGCACCAGUCAGCAGGAACUGGUGCAAAAAGGCGGUUGGGGAGAGGGGCAGGAGCAGGGUGGUGGCUGCUGCUCCACUUGGCUGUCCAGGGCGGCCCCCAUGGGCCCAGAGGAGGGGUGGUACCUGCUGCUCUGCUUGGCUCUGUCCCGUGCGGCUACAGACCCAGCAGAAAGGCAGUGGCAAGCAGUGGAUGUGGUCCUAGACUGCUUCCUGGUGGAGGAAGGUAGGAACCCUGGAGGUUUUGCCGGCAGUAUGAAUAUGGUGAAGGCCUUGCUCGUGCUGAGGCAGGUACCAGUGCUGGAUGAUGGCUCCCUGGAAGGCUUCACCGAUUUCCAAGGGGGCACACUGGCUAAAGACAACCCAUCCAUUACCUUCGAGGCCUCAGUGAAUUUGGUACAGAUUCCCCAGGCUGAGGCCUUGCUCCAUGCUGACUGCAACGGGAAGGAGGUAACGUGUGAGAUCUCCUACUAUUUUCUCCAGGCCACUGAGAAGGCAGCUUGGUUCAUCACCAACGUGCAGGUAUCUGGAGAGGGACCUAAUAUCUCCAUGGUGAUGAAGACUCCCAGGGAUGCUGAAAAUGGGGCUGUCUUGCACCCCACACUGAACCUGCCCUUGAGCCCCCAUGGGACAGUACAGACUGCCGUGGAGCUCCAAGUGACAACACAGACCCCAUCCCUGAGUUUGCUGCUGGGGUCCUCAGCCUCCCUGCACUGUGGCUUCUCCAUGGCACCAGGCUUGGUCCUGACCAGUGUGGAAUGGCGGCGGCAACAUAAGGGCAGCGGCCAGAUGGUGUACAGGUGGACCAAAGGGCAGCAGCAUGCCAAGCGGGAGGGCGCCACCCUGGAGCCUGAGCAGCUACUCCUGGCCGGGGACGCCUCCCUCACCCUCCCUAGCCUCACUCUGAAGGACGAGGGGACCUACAUUUGUCAGAUCACCACCUCUCUGUACCAAGCUCAACAAAACAUCCAUUUCCACAUCCAAGCUUCCCCCAAAGUACGACUGAGCUUGGGGAACAAAGCUGUGCCAGCCACCCUCGUCUGCAACAUUGCUGGCUAUUAUCCUCUGGACAUGACUGUGAAGUGGACCCGAGAGGAGCUAGGUGGAGCCCCAGUUCUGGUCUCUGGUGCCUCCUUCUCUGGCCUCCGGCAAAGCUCAGAUGGCACCUACAGCAUCUCCUCCUUCCUGACCGCAGAACCAGGCCCUGAGGGCACCACUUACACCUGUCAGAUCACCCACAUCUCCCUGGAACAGCCCCUCAGUGUCAGCACCUGGAUUGCCCCACCAGAGCAGGAAACAACCUUUGGAGUCCUAUUUGCCAGCGGCCUCUUCCUUCUUGCACUGUUGUUCCUGGGACUUCAAAGAUGACAAGCUACCUCACCAAGAUCUGUCAAUACUCUGAAGUGGUAACCACUCUCCUGCCUCAGGAUAAAAGAAGAGUAGUCACGUUCUCCCAAAAGGACUCUAGCCAAGUCUCAGAGCUCAAAAAGACUCCAAGAAAGGCAUGAAGAAGGCACAGAUCAUGGGUACUCUGUCUCUGUGUAGGUCUCUGCCUUUUUUCAUUGUGUCCCUGGGCUGAACACAAUGUGAAGGGGUGAGAGGGUGGUAGGAAAGCAUAAUAUCUGGGUGGAGGUUAAAAAUGAGCCUGUGGUAGGAAAAGAAAAUGGGACGAGAUUAAGGAGUAAGCGGGUAAGUCAUGAGCUCAUGGUUCAUGAGAUAGAGCCCCGCAGCAGGUUCCACGCUCAGCAGUGAGUCUGCUUGAAGAUUCUCUCUCCCUCUGCCCCUUCCCCAACUCAUGCUCCUGCUCUCUUUCUAAAUUUUUUUUUUUUAAAGGAGCAAGUAAGGGACAGUGGGGCAAAGGUGGGGAUUGGGCCAUAACACAUAAGCAUUUGAACCCUAGUCAAGUAAAAAUCCCUUGUGUCCUCAGAAACAAAGCUUUUCUACUUUCCUGUCUUUUCCCCACACUGGACCCAACUAAGCCCUGUACCCAGGCCUACUCCCACCAACUUGCAGUGUUCAAGGCAUGAAAUGAAGGCCCUCAGAGGAAGCCCUGGGGCACCAUGCUGUGUGCUCUGUGUAACCUUGAGCUGCAAUUAAGGUCAUGCCCUUUUGGACAGCUACUGAGUAUUUCAGGAUACCUACAGGGUCCUCACUCCCUCAACUGCAGGUGAGGCUGCUGGGGAGCUGGGUGUGUUGGUGGAGGCCUCAUCUGGGUACCCCCUGGGUCAGGCUGGGCAGCCUGAGGACCCGUGAAGGAGGUACAUGGGUGGUGUCUGAGAAAUCCUGUAGCGGUUUGUGAUGUGAUGUUUCAGACAUGCACUCAGCUUCCUGUCAUCACUUCCUCUCACUAGCACCUGGGAGAGCUGGGCUGUGCCAGGUACGAAGACAGGGCAGAGACCACUUCCUCUGCCAACACAGAUCUUUCAUCUCGAGUACCAUGCGGCACAUGUGAGCCUUCCGGCCUUGAGCAACAUCACACU